AUGGCGGCUUCACCGAAGGUACAUCCGUAUAAGAAGCAUUUGAUGCAAUCACAGCAUAUAAAUUUUGAUAACAGGGGCCUACAGACUCAAAAUAGUUCGAUUAAAGCAGUUGAAGAUUCAGCAAACGAUAAAGAGAACAGCAGAUACAAUUAUAACGGAAAACUUAGCGCCGUAGCUCUCCCAAAACGGUUUGCAAACGACGGCCUUCCCAAUGAGCAUUCUAGAGCAGUGUCUUUACCUCCAGCAUCAAAUGAUAAGAACAGAAGUCAUGAGGGGUCUGAUUUCGAUCCAGCUCCUCCGCCGCAGAUCCGCCUUCAUAAUUCGAAUAGUAAUUCCGUAAGCUCCCUGAGUAGUACUCCAACUAAUUCGUCAUCACCAAGAGUAUUAAGACAAACAGAUUCGAGCACAUCCCUCACAAAGGAACAGAUAAAGAAAAGAACACGUUCUGUAGAUUUGUCACACAUGUAUUUAUUAAAUGGUAGCAGUGAUACCCAACUGACCGCUACCAAUGAAUCAGUUGCAGAUUUAUCUCACCAAAUGAUUAGUCGAUAUUUGGGAGGUAAAAAUAACACUUCGUUGGUGCCAAGACUGAAAACCAUAGAGAUGUAUAGGCAGAACGUUAAGAAAUCCAAAGAUCCGGAAGUUUUAUUCCAGUACGCGCAAUAUAUGUUACAGACGGCACUGACCAUUGAAUCUUCAAACGCUCUGGUUCAAGAUGGUGAAAAGGCAGGAAACAUCACCCAAUCGGAUUUGAAAAUCCAGUUUUUAAAAGAAGCACAAAGUUAUUUGAAAAAACUGAGCAUAAAGGGUUAUUCGGAUGCUCAAUACUUACUAGCUGAUGGUUACUCGUCAGGAGCCUUCGGAAAAAUUGAACAUAAAGAGGCAUUUGCAUUAUUUCAGGCAGCUGCGAAGCAUGGUCAUAUAGAGAGCGCAUAUAGGGCAUCGCAUUGUUUAGAGGAGGGUUUAGGAACGACAAGAGAUUCCCGCAAGUCGGUAAAUUUCUUAAAGUUUGCGGCUAGUAGAAAUCAUCCAUCAGCAAUGUAUAAGCUGGGUCUUUAUUCUUUCUACGGAAGAAUGGGUCUUCCAACGGAUGUUAAUACAAAACUAAACGGUGUCAAAUGGCUAUCAAGAGCUGCAGCAAGAGCAAAUGAGCUGACAGCUGCGGCACCGUAUGAACUAGCUAAGGUUUAUCAUGAGGGAUUUCUGGAUGUUGUGAUUCCCGAUGAGAAAUAUGCAAUGGAACUGUACAUCCAAGCAGCAAGUUUAGGGCACGUUCCUUCAGCAACUUUAUUAGCACAAAUUUAUGAAACUGGCAAUGAUACAGUGGGGCAGGAUACGUCACUUUCCGUACACUAUUACACUCAGGCAGCAUUGAAGGGUGAUCCAGUCGCAAUGUUAGGCUUAUGUGCAUGGUACUUACUAGGAGCAGAGCCUGCCUUUGAUAAAGAUGAAAAUGAGGCUUUCCAAUGGGCCUUUCGCGCGGCUAAUGCUGGAUUACCGAAGGCCCAAUUUACCCUUGGUUACUUCUAUGAACAUGGAAAAGGUUGUGAUCGUAACAUGGAAUACGCAUGGAAAUGGUACGAAAAGGCGGCAGAAAAUGAUGAUAAAAGAGCGAUCAAUAAGCUGCAUUCUAGGGAUGGUGGACUGGCUAUCAGGAAAAAACAGCAAAAAAAGAACAAAAGCACCAGUACGUUGAAUUUGUUUUCUACCAUGGAUAGCCAAAUGAGUAAUGCAGGAUCAAAUUCAAGAGUUUCUUCAAGGUCUGAAACUUUUUUUACCGGAAGUUCUAAACGUGAUUGUCAACCGCAAGGGUUGCAAAUUAGCAUGAAUUCUAAUGCAAAUACAAAUCCAAAAAUCGUUAAUACGAAUUCUAAUGCGAGUAUCAGGAAGAGUUCUUCGCCCAACAUCAUGCCACAGGAGGUAACUAGGCAAUCGGUUGGUGGGAAGCAACCUGAGAAGCCCUUAAACACGGAUGAUUCAGAUAAUAAUAGAAAUAUUCCAUCCCCGACUAAUCCUGAGCCAAAAAAAUCCAGGAACUCAAAGAACAAGAAGGACAAGCAAAACAAAAACAAAAGUAAAAAAGAUUGUGUAAUUAUGUAA